GAGGCAGAUCUCGAGGCCGAGUUGGAGGCGCAACCCGAUGGAAUCGCUUCCUUAGAGGCGCUGAUGGGAGUCCUGGUCUACGGGACCUUUCGCUGCGUAUCUGGGAUCUCCGAUGGCCAGCAGAAGCGGUGCGGAGAGGUGCUGAUUGAGCGCGGCCCCGAGUGCUUACAUCGCUGCAAGGUGCACAUCUUGGUGGGCAAGAAUCGAGGACAAGCAUGGGAUUUCGACCGCUGUCACGUUCGGAUCCUGUAUGCCCGGGUCUUCUCGCAGGAUGGAUCCGUUCGUCGACGGCCGCUGGACUCGACCGGAGCUCUGGAUCUGGGCAGGACAGAGCUGUUUGGCCGAAUUUUGCUCUCGAAAGAGUUCGGGGUCACCAGGCAGAAGCUCUACGUUUGCUCAAAAUCCAAGGUGGUGCGUUCCAAGAAGGUCUUAUCCUUCCACCCUAUCAACGGCAAGCUGCCGGGCAUUAGCGUUCCCUGGGACGAAGCGUUGAGCCUGCCCAGCAAUCACGACCUUCAUGUGGUCGAAGUGACGGACUGGAGCCGGGACCUCCUCCGACCGCGUGGGCGCUACAUCCAA